CAUAUGAUCUUCUUCCAGCUCUGUGCCUGCUUUCCUCAAACAGCAGCCGAACAUGGCGGACUUUGAGGAGCGGGGUUCGCUGUUGGGAGACGAAGAUGAAGUCCCGCUCGCCGGUCGACAAGAAGCUAGUGGCCCCGGAAGACCAAUGUCCGCCAUCUGCGACCCCAGCCACCUCCUGCACCGAGUGGUCGUCCUGGUUUUUAUGUGCUUCCUGGGAUUCGGGAGCUACUUCUGUUAUGACAACCCAGCAGCUCUUCAAACUCAAGUUAUACAGGAUAUGAACUUGAACACUGCUGAGUUCAUGCAGCUGUAUGCCUGGUAUUCCUGGCCAAACGUGGUCCUCUGCUUCUUGGGAGGAUUUCUCAUCGACAGGGUUUUUGGCAUCAGGCUUGGAACCCUCAUCUUUUCUCUAUUUGUCUGUAUUGGACAGGUAAUAUUUGCAGCUGGAGCAUGGGCCAAUCAUUUUUGGCUAAUGGAAGCUGGACGCUUUGUAUUUGGUAUUGGCGGAGAGUCGCUAGCUGUGGCCCAAAACACGUACGCGGUGAACUGGUUCAAAGGCAAGGAGCUCAAUCUGGUCUUUGGUCUUCAGCUCAGCAUGGCUCGACUGGGCAGCACAGUGAACAUGAACAUCAUGGGUUGGGUGUACAGUAAAGUUGCAGUGGCUGUUGGUUCCUCCGGACACACGGCGCUCGGGAUAUCACUCAUGAUAGCGGCUGGAACCUGUGUGUUUUCUCUAAUCUGUGCCUUGGUGCUGGCAUUUUUUGAUAAGAGAGCAGAGAGGAUCCUUCACAAGGAACAGGGAAGAACGGGCGAAGUUAUAAAGCUGACUGAUGUGAAAGAUUUCUCCCUGUCCCUGUGGCUCAUCUUCAUCAUUUGUGUGUUUUACUAUGUCGCCAUUUUCCCCUUUAUUGGACAGGGCCAGGUAUUUUUUAUUGAAAAAUUCAACUUCUCCCCAGCACAAGCCAGAGCUGUCAACAGCAUCGUGUACAUCAUCUCAGCUCCCGCGUCUCCAAUUCUCGGUUUUAUCGUCGAUAAGACUGGGAGAAAUAUCGGCUGGGUCUUUGCUGCCGUCAUCGCAACACUCUGUGCUCACAUGAUGUUGGCUUUCACCUUCUGGAACCCGUGGAUUGCUAUGUCCCUGCUGGGCCUCUCGUACUCUCUGCUGGCCUGUGCACUGUGGCCCAUGGUGGCCUUCGUGGUGCCUGAGCAUCAACUGGGAACAGCCUAUGGCUUCAUGCAGUCCAUCCAGAACCUGGGGCUUGCCGUCAUCGCGAUCUUAGUCGGAAUCAUUGUGGAUAUAAGAGGAUACCUGGUGUUGGAAGUGUUUUUCUGCUCCUGCAUUUGCAUUGCGCUGAUGGCAGUGGUGGGGUUGUACAUUGUGGAUUUUCUUAAAGGUGGAGGUUUGAACCGGUCAGCUGCAGCCAGAGCCAAACUCCAGAAGGAGACGUCUACAGAUGCAGAAUGAUGCUGAGCGAACACACAUGGUCCUGGGCUUCAGAACCAGCAGGUUGCACUGUCCACCCCAGAGCUUUCAGUCUGCGGCCAAUUGGGCGGGACUGCGGUUCUGGCUCCGCCCAGUGACGUCAUCUGUGGCUCUUCGCACCUGAACUGACUGGCUGUUGCUUAACCCUGUGUUGAUAUAAAGACACUGAUAAAGACACAUCUCAGUUUGGACAUAAAUACAACUUCUUCUCACCUGACUGCAGCUCCACCUGCUCUUAAUAACAACUAACUUGUGUAUGUACAGAAAGAAGUUUCUUAACUGCUAGAAACCUAAAGCUUUUACAAACUGUCAAGGGGAAUGGUGCUUAAAAAGUCCUUGAUUUAUUAAUAUUUUUUUGGUUUUAAUUUAGAAAAUAAGGAUCCUAUUUCAGUUCAUGCAAACUUUGAGUAUUGUAUUUCCAGAAGAACUUGUUUAGCUUAUGACAUGUCAGCGUUAUCACUGCCAAACCAAACUCUCAUAAUGGAGUCAGCACACUUAUUUUCUCGCUGUAAGCUUUAGUCGGACGCAUCAUUGGCCUUUUAGUGGAUAAUCUCCAGCAGAGCAUGGCUCCUCACUGUUUAAGCUUUAUUGCUUGGUUAUUUUAUUCCCUAAACUCUUUAGCCGCUUUUCAAUGAGCUAUGAAGUUCAUAAGAGUUAAUUUCCUGUCGCAUCAUCUAUUAAUGCGCAGAUAUAAAAAGAGAAAACGGGCCCGCUUUCGAACGCAUUUAACUGUGUAAUGAUGCUCAGCUUUAGCGUCCGUAGACGCAUUUUUAAAUGUGACCUUUUAUAAUAAUAAUCUUUUUUUUUUUUUUAUCUUCAAAAAAAGAUUUAAAUGUUUCAUGGAUUUUUGUCGUUUAAACUCAGGUGAUUCAGUUGAAGUUCAAAGCGUUCGUGCUCUUUAAGGUUGAAACAAAAAUAUCUGCCAUGGCCAAAUUGAAAGUGGAGAAAAAUCUAUUUCUUACAUAUUGAUUGUGGUCAUAAUGUUUUGUAUAUUUUAUAUAAAUGCAAAAAAAAAAGUGUAACAAAGCACCUUGAUAGCUGGAAGAAAAAAAAGACACUUAAAAUGAUCAAAUUAAGAUAGAAAAUGUUGAAACGCUAUUAAUUUAUUUUUUAGAAAACGCAGAACAAAGGUCAAAGCAUUUCUGACAAAGAAUAGAAUUAAAAUUACUUGAAUGGAGAGAAUAUUGUAAAACAUGAAUGACUAUUGAAACACUACAUCGAUUCAGUCCAACUGAAUUGAUGUAUUAAGUUUUACUUUUAAAAUUCAAAUACCUAAACCACUUGGGCACUUUAUCUCAAAAUCAAAAAUCUAUAAAUCAAUCAGUGAAUCAAACUUUACUGUAGUUUCAAUGAAAGUUUUACAAACGUUAAGUAAACAGAUACUAGUAGUAGGACAGCUGGAAUAUUGAGACUCAAUCAGAAGUCAGGAAGCACUAUAGGCAGAUAUAAUGUUAGAACAUUAAAAUUUUUGUUGGAAUUAAAAGUUUUAACCAUUUGGAAAAACUUUAUUUUCAUAAAGAAUGAAAUGUCUUUCAAUCUAAAUAAAUGACUAGAACAUAAAUGGAAAAAAGAAUCAGAUUUCACAAGAGAAUCGAGGCUAAAGAAAAGAUCAACACACUGAGGUGCUUAAAGUCUUUAUGACUUAAAAGCUAAAGCAAUGACACGAAUGAAAGUUUCAGCACUUUUUUUAUUUUUAUUUUGGAGAAAUAACCAUGAAAAGGUAACUGACUGCAUCUGUAGCAGAUAAGCUCCCCAUUCUUCACGAUGCCAGAAGGAAACUUCUAACGUGUGUUAAAUUUAGCAGCUGAUCUGUGUAAAUAUGGGUGAGAAAUGAAUUAUGCAAGACUUGUUGAAGCAAAACAUUUUUAACCAUUAAAGUGGGAUUUUCAUCAUGAAUUAAAUAUUUUCCAAUUUAAAAACUGGACUGAGUUUGAAGACCGUAAACAAAAUGAAACCAAGACACUAUUUAAGAAAAACAAAACUUCCAGAACCAAACCCAGGUUAGAAAGAUAACUUAAAAAAAAAAUAAAAACUCAAAACUAGUGAGUCUUGGAGGCUGUUUUAGUGAGUUAACACUUGUUGCAUUCAACUGUUGAUUUGCUGAAAUGAUCUGAGAAGUACCGAUUAUAUAAUGUUUGAAGAAUCAAAUACUUGCAACCAAGUGCUAUGACAUUUUUAAUAAACAUAAAUUAUUUGUUAAA